GACCUUGGCUCAAUGUGGAGCUGAACUGGCAGAACCUUUACAGCUCUUUCCAUUUUGACUGCAGCAGGAAAACAGACAGAACAUGAAGCUCCUAGGUCCCAUUCUGCUUUUCGUGGGCCUCACUGCUGUUCAUGGCUUUUUUGAAUUUGUGAUAGACUCAGAAUUGGAAGAAUUAUUUGGAAGUGAUUCUGGUGUAGGUGGAUAUUCGAAUUUAAAUGGUCCUCCUCAAAAUAUUAACAGAUAUGAAAGACAAAAGAGAGAUAUACCUGAUUUUGAAGAAGAGGAGGAGGAAGAAGAAGAAGAACAGGUGCAGACUGGUGACCAGAUUAUUGUUCAUAACUACAAAGUUCAGUCCUUCGUUACUUCUCGAUUUGCACACACUGUGAUCCGUACCAAAGUUUCCAACAGAGCUCAGCGUUCACAAAGUGUUGCCUUUGAAGUAACUAUACCUAAAACAUCCUUCAUCACUAAUUUUACCAUGGAUGUUAAUGGAAUCACAUUUACUGGUACCAUAAAGGAGAAGAAUACAGCCAGGAACAUCUAUAACCAGGCCAAAGCCAGGGGAAAAGCUGCUGGAAUCAUCAGAACCAAUUCACGUGAAAUGGAAAGCUUCAGAGCAGAAGUUAAUGUGCCUGCAGGAAGUAAAAUUAUGUAUGAACUCCAUUACGAAGAAACACUAAUUAGGAAAUUAAGUGUCUAUGAGCAUAUUAUCAACCUUCAGCCAGGCUAUUUAGUGAACAACUUGCAGGUGGACAUAUACAUCUCUGAACCUCAAGGUAUUCAGUAUAUUGAAGUUUCCAAUUUACUUGGAGAAAAGUUUAAAGACUUCUUCCAUACUACUCAUACAGAUGACAAGGCGCAUGUGACUUUCAAACCUACUUUGGAGAGUCAACGCAAAUGUGAAAAUUGUACUACGACUGGAAUUGAUGGUCAGAUUGUGGUGAAGUAUGACACAAUGAGAGAAAGAAAUGGUGGAUCACUACAGGUCUUCAAUGGCUUUUUUGUUCACUUUUUUGCUCCAACCAACCUGUCACCUCUUCCCAAAAACAUUAUCUUUGUCAUUGAUGUCAGUGGUUCCAUGUGGGGACUAAAAAUGAAACAGACUGUUCAAGCAAUGCAUACCAUUCUGGAUGACCUUCGUCCUGAAGACCAUUUUACUAUCAUUGACUUCAACCACAACAUACGAUGCUGGAGUGAAGAUUUGAUUGCUGCAACUCCAUUACAGGUCAGAGAUGCAAAGAGUUACAUUCAGGCAAUCCAACCAGUUGGAGGGACAAAUAUAAAUGGGGCCCUUCUUAGAUCUAUCACUAUUUUAAGACAGUCCAGUGAUCUGGGAUUCCUAGAUCCUCACUCUGUUUCUCUAAUAUUCCUCAUCUCAGAUGGAGAUCCUACAGUAGGUGAACUUAAGCUGAGUAACAUACAGAAGAAUGUGGAGAAAAAAAUGCGUCCUGAGUAUUCUCUGUUCACUGUCGGAAUUGGAUUUGAUGUUGACUACAACUUCCUGGAACGUCUUGCACAAGACAAUCGAGGAAUGGCUCAGAGGAUUUAUGGAACUCAAGAUGCUUCUUCUCAGUUGAGGAAUUUCUAUUCUCAGGUAGCCACUCCAUUGCUCCAAGGCGUUGAGUUUCACUACUCACCAGACACAUACACAGAUGUCACACAGAACUGCUUCAACAGGUUUUUCAGUGGUUCAGAGAUUGUUGUUGCAGGAAAACUGUCCUCUAAUGUGACCAGCAUACCAGUUAUUGUUACUGCAAACUCAAGUCAAAUGCAAUUAUCCUUUGAUGUAAAUGCAGAUGAUCUGGUGCUGGAUGAUACGUGGACUCAGCAGAAAUAUGUUUUUAAAGAUUUUGCCAAGCAGUUCUGGGCAUUCCUUACCAUAAAGCAACUCCUAGUCGAGAGGAACACAGCCAAAACUGCACAGGAAAAGAGAGAAAUCACCAAGAAAAUAAUGGACAUUGCAGUCCAGCACCAGUUUGUAACACCAUUAACAGCUAUUCUAAUAGAGAGUAAAGACAGUGAUGAAAAAAUGCUGGGAGACUCUCCUAAAAGUACUAAAAGUGAAUGCUGUCCAGGUACAACUAUACCAGGCCAGAAGACAUCUCCUAAAAAUUUCCCAGACCAACCUACAUCAACACAAUCAGUUAUAGGUGGACCUACUUACACUACAAUUGUUCCAGGUGAAUCUCCAAUCGAUAGAUCCAGCUUUGAUCCUCAAACGCAACUACUGUCAAGGAAUGGUAAAGAGACUGAAACAGUUACAAGUGUGGAAAAUGAUCCACAUUUCAUUAUUCACCUGCCCAAGAGUCAAGAAGAUGUCUGCUUUAAUGUGGAUCCUGAACCUGGUAAAAUCCUGAAUCUAGUAACAGAUUCUCAAAUUGGUAUUGCAAUUAAUGGAAAAAUCAUUGGUGCCAAAAAGCCUGUAAGUAGUAAGUUGCAAACCUACUUUGGCACAUUUGGAUUUUAUUUCUUGGAAAAAGAUUUGCAGAUUGAGAUCAAUACAGAAAGAAUCAUUACAAAAGAUGGAAAGAACCAUGCUGUCAUGUAUUGGUCUGAGACCGGAAGUAUGAUUCAGAAAGGUGUGACCAUAUCUGUGCAGAAAAAUACUAAAGUUAAAAUUGCUCUGAAUGAGGACAUGUACUUUGUGAUUUAUCUUCAUCGUGUCUGGAAGCAGCACCCUGUUAAUGUGGAUUUCCUCGGAAUAUAUGCCCCUACAACAAACAAGUUCUCUUCAACAGUUCAUGGAUUAAUUGGGCAAUUUUUCAAUGAACCAGAAAUAAAUGUGUACAAUAUCAGGGCAGGUGAGGACCCAGAGAAGCCAAUUGCAACCAUGGAAGUAAAAGGGAAUAAACUAACUGUCACCAGGGGCUGGCAAAAGGAUUACUGGACAAACACAAUCAGUGAGACCAAUGUUUAUUGUUGGUUUGUUCACAACAGUGGUAAAGGAUUCAUUGAUGGACAUUAUAAAGAUUAUUUUGUUUCACACCUCUACAGCCAUCUUCCACAGCCAUAGGGAUUUCUAGACCAGGAGCUGGUAUGCAGUAUAAAAAGAGGAUGCCUUCUUCUGUGACACACUAAAUAUGUUUUCAUUUAAUUUGUUAAAUAUUUCACAUGGGUUAAAUAUAUAAUAAGUGGAUCUAAUGGCAAAUUAGCACCUCCAAUUCUCAUGUAUAGAAUCUAUUGCACUAGUGUAAAUUCUGUAAAACAUUGCAUAAAAAGUACUUAUUAUAUUAUGUGGGUAAAUGUCCCUUCCUCUUUUAAAGUUAACAUAUUUUGAUAAGUAGAAUUUUUGUACAUUUCCAUUAAAACAUUUUAAUUCUGUUUAAUAAACUAUAAUUAAAUACA